UCCCAGGAAGCUGAAACUACACCUCCCAGGAAGCUGGGCGGUCGAUGGUUUGUUUCCAGCAGCAAAGUCCCAGGAAGGUGGGAUCUAAAGCUGGUGGCCUACGGAGGAAGCUCUUAAUUGGUCAGGAUGCGAGACUGACGGCUGCAUUAACUAAUAGAAAAGAGAUACUGCCUAAGGGGCCCGCCCACAGAAGGGAGGAGGCCACGGUACAAGCUGUACACCGCCGAAGGCGGAGGACCCAUGGCCCAUGAAGCUAAUCUUUGAACUGUCUCCGCCCGCCUCCCGCCUUGAUUUGCGAUCCUAGGCCCUUUGGGGCUUGUCUGACGCAGCUAGCCAGAUCCCGGACCCAAACCAUGUUCCCCGUGAAGGUGAAAGUGGAGAAAUCAGAGCUGGAGAUGGCCAAAGCCCGGAACCAACUGGACGCCGUCCUGCAGUGUCUGCUGGAGAAGAGUCAUAUGGACAGGGAGCGUCUGGAUGAGGAAGCUGGGAAAACCCCUUCAGACACCCACAAUAAGGACUGCUCCAUUGCAGCCACUGGCAAAAGGCCUUCUGCCCGCUUCCCCCACCAGCGGAGGAAGAAGAGGAGGGAAAUGGAUGACGGGCUGGCUGAGGGAGGGCCGCAGCGAUCCAAUACAUACGUGAUCAAGCUGUUCGACCGGAGUGUGGACUUGGCCCAGUUCAGUGAGAACACGCCACUCUACCCGAUCUGCCGUGCCUGGAUGCGAAACAGCCCCUCUGUGCGCGAGCGUGAAUGCUCUCCCAGCUCACCCCUGCCCCCGCUGCCUGAGGAUGAGGAGGGUUCAGAAGUCACCAACAGCAAGAAUCGUGAUGUGUACAAGCUGCCGCCACCCACACCGCCUGGGCCACCCGGAGAUGCCUGCAGAUCCCGCAUCCCAUCUCCACUGCAACCUGAGUUGCAGGGCACCCCUGAUGACGAGCCCUCCGAGCCCGAGCCCUCGCCCUCCACACUCAUCUAUCGCAACAUGCAGCGCUGGAAACGCAUCCGCCAGAGGUGGAAGGAGGCCUCUCAUCGGAACCAGCUUCGUUACUCAGAAAGCAUGAAGAUCCUACGGGAGAUGUAUGAGCGACAGUGAUGUUCCCCACCCAGUGAUGUUCACCCCACCCCAGUAAAUGUCUCCCAACUCCACA